UGUGAAAUCGGUCAGAGGACUAAAAAGCAAUAUUUCUUGAGUUGUUUGUGUGUGCACCAUAAAAUGAAAAAUACAAACGAGGUAAUCUGAUUUGAUCUGCGAAUGAUGUUAGGAGGUACAACAGGGCUCUUCCGUUUUCACUUGAAACUCUGCUCUGCUCUUUCGACAACCAUUCGUUUUCGGAUUUAUUCGACAGAGGCAUCUCCUGGCAUAGAGAGAGUAACAAAUGAAGUCCUUAAAGAAUUUCUUGCCACUGUUGAAAAUGCACGAGCAUCCGGUGUGAAAGUCUAUUACACAUAUAUCGAUAAGAUGUGCAAGGCUGGAAAUCUUUCAGCUGCCAGUAAAAUGCUUCAAACUUUACGUGAUAAGAACAUUGUUCUCACCCCUGAUGUGUAUAAUCUCAUACUAGUGGAGGCUAGUCAGAAGAAUGACAUUGACCUUUCUUGUCAAGUUUUCAAGAAAUUAUUGUUGUCUUAUAAAUCCCCAAGUGCAACUUCAUGCCUCAAAUUUGCCCAGGCUUUCACAAAAGUAAAUGAUUGUGUGGAGCUACUCAGAUUUCUUGACGAAAUAUGGGAGAUAACACGUUUUGGCAGAUCAACCUUCAUCAACAGGAUCAUUUUUGCCUUUGCCAAAUGUGGACAGAAAGAAAAGUCCUUGGUGCUAUUUGAUCAUCUCAAAAGACGGAGUUUUGGUCUGGACUUGUUCACAUAUAAUAUGGUUCUAGAUAUCUUGGGUCAUACAGGCCAUGUGGAUGAAAUGGUUAAUGUGUUUGCGUCCAUAAGGGAUGCUGGUUUCUUUCUCAGAAAAAAGUCAUCCCUUGAGGCUUUUAUUCUCAAACUCUCCAAUUGA